ACCUGGUUCUCUUGUCAGCCAUUUUGAAGCRACGUUGUUAAAGACGCUUAAAAAAACCUGCGAAAUGAGUCGAGUUUACAUCGGAAAUCUCGGUGAAAAYGCCUCAAAACGAGAGUUAGAAAACGAAUUUGAGUAUUUCGGUCCUCUGAAAGACGUUUGGGUGGCAAGGAAUCCACCUGGCUUCGCGUUUUGCGUGUUUGAAGACAGAAGAGAUGCUGAAGACGCCGUAAGAGGUCUKGACGGGAAGUACAUUUGCGGAACAAACAUUCGUGUUGAGAUGGCUCGCGGUCCAACUCGAGGAGGAAGAGCAGCUAGGUUAGGACUGACAGAGAAGUGCUAUGAAUGCGGAAGAAUUGGUCAUUUUGCUCGUGAUUGUACUCGAAAGCGCCGUCGUUCAAGGUCAAGAUCACCUCRCCGCAACAGAAGCAGGUCCAGAAGCAGAUCUCCAAGGCGCAGAAGAUCCAGAUCACAUUCAUAUGAGAGGAGAAACAGUUCACGGUCAAGGUCUCCAUCCAGAGAGAGAGAACGCAGGUCUCCAAGUCCGUUCCGUGAACGCCGAAGGGAUAGAAGCCACUCUCCUGAUGCAUCUCCAAAACAUGAAAGGCUGAGCCCCAAAGAUGACAGAAACAAUGGAGAUACUCGCCAAUCCCCUAGCAAGUCGCGCAGCCGUUCACCAGCCAGCGUGAAGAGUGAACCUGAAGAUUGAAGAGCCAACUUUAUCUGUGAAUUUCGUCAGUUAAACCGGCCAUCACAGACUAAAGUAGAUCUUAUCCACUUGGAGAAAUUCUUUUUUUCUUUUCAAUUUCAGAACAUUUCUUUCAUUUGCUUAGUAGUGAAAUGUUUAAGUCUCAUUCGUAUUAAAGUAUUAGGCAUUCCUUGUAAACAGAGAAAUACCAUACACAAGGCAAUGACAGUUGAUUUGAAAUGGUAUACCAGUGGAUUUGAUCUAUUGUCUGUGAUUUUUAAUAGCUUUUUUUUUUUUUUUGGUUUAAUUUUUUUUCAAUAUCAUAUCACUAAUAUACAUAUACAUGUAACCUUACAAAUCAAAUGAGAAGCAGUAAUCUUAUGUCAAYAUUUUUAAUUCUAGGUAGUUGUCAUGUAAUUCAAUUUUUCUAACACUAGUUCCAUACAUAUACUAUCACGAUUAUCAUACUGAUGACUGCAUUUUGUAAAGUUUUCAAAAUCUUGAACCGACAUGACUCUCUGCUUAUCAUCCUAUUGUUUUUUGAAGAAUUUAAAAUUCAAAAUAAAAAGCUUUGUUCAAGCAUUCAUGUAUGAUGUGCAGUCUUUUUACCUGCAUUCUUGUUGGAAGAUGAAGAAAAUAAAAGAAUGUAAGUAAA